CUCAAACACCCGUCGGUAACUACUUUUGUAUCCCACGGCGGUGGCAUGUCCCUAUUCGAGGCUCUUUACGCUGGAAAGCGCACGGUGAUUAGACCUUUCUGUGGUGACCACCCUGCGAAUGUUUUGCAUUUCGACCGUGAACAGCUCGGAGGAUACUUGGAUAUGGAUCGCAAGGAGAAUGUUUUUGAGCCACUGCUAUGGGUUAUUCAGAGCAACGUGGACCGGCACAAGCAAUUGGCUCAAAUACAUGCACAGCAUGCAGUGGUCCGAGGGGCAGAUUUAGGCGAAGAAGCUCUGUUUACCAGCAAAGACGGUUACUUACAGCAUCGGCGCGACAUUGCAAAAAGACUUAAUUUUCUAAAAGCAUACGACUACGACUUUGACAGCAUGCUGAACAAAUAG